CAGAGAACAACAGGUCUAAAUCCUGUCUGUGCACGACUGUGCAACGCUUGUGGUUGUUGAUAACAAGGGUCUGAAUUAUUGACUUUGCAUAAUUUGUUCCCAGGUUGGAGCUAUGAUAUUUCGGACAGCUGUAGAGCAUGCUAAGAGGCACCCUGGCCUCAUCCCACAGUUCUUCUUCAUCUGUCUGGGAAUGGGCGGGGCAUCGCUGUACCUGUUGCGGUUGGCCAAAGGACCUUAUGUUAUCUGGAACAAGACUAAUAACCCUGAGCCCUGGAAUGAACUUGAUCCCACAUACCAGUACAAGUUUGUUGCCAUCACCACGGACUACAAAAACCUGAAGAAGGAGGGACCUAAGUUCUAAAUUUCACUUGCGAUGAGCAGGUGACAUUGUUAAUAUGACUGGGAAUGUCAGUCACACAUGAAAACUGAGACUGCAAAAGCUGAAUAUGUAACAUUUCUACAUACUCAAAACAUAUGCAGGAGAUAUAUGUCACACAUGUGCACAUGUUCCCAUUAUGUCUAAACUUUCCUGGUCUGUUUUGCUCAUACAUCAUAAACUGAGGAGUUUAGAUUUUAGAUUGGUUUUUGCUAAAGCAUGAUACCUGUGGUAUGCAUGUUUUAGCAAGCUGAAUACAAAUCACAAGUAAUUUCAAACACUGAUUACUAUUUUGUUAACCACUGUGCUGUGUUUUAGAAAUCUGAAUACAUUUAUUUUAAUGUUCCAUUCAUCUAUUUAGUAUACAUUAUUUGUAAUUAAGGAGCUUAAGUUUUCUUUUCUUCCUUUCAUUGUCUAAAAUUCAAAUGCAACACAGCGUUGUCUUCUUCUGCAGCUGGAAGGCUUGUGUUUGCUUGUAUAUUCUUCAAGUGUGGAGCUUAAACUUCACCAGCUUCUCAUAAAAUGACACAGGCCUGCGGCUUUGCAUUGAAGGUCAAGGUAAUGCAACCGGACUGCACUUGUUUCUUCAUAGCUGUCACGUGGUUGUGGGUUUAGCAGCCACUGAAUCCCACAAUGACUGUGUAAGUUAUGAAAAACGAGAGGUGCAAACUGAGCUGGAUUCUUUCAAUAAAUAAACUGUCUGAUUCAA